AUGUGGUUUCCAUCUAUUCACAAGUGGAAUCAUCCUAGCGCCAUUCUUUCCACGGUCGCUUUUCCCAACAAGCAAGUGUUGUUUGCAGGUACGCAUGACUCCAAGAUACUGUGCCUGGACUUGGCUACGUAUAACCUCGUUAAGAUCAUCCCACUUGGAGAUGAGGGUGAAACGCAUAGCAAAUCGAGCGUAUUGUGCUUGACAAAAUCGCAGGAUGAGCAAUUCUUAUUCUCAGCAGGUGCGGACUCCCUGAUUAGAAUCUGGUCCAUUGGUCGUUUGACCUCUAGCGGAGAUCUCACCAUACGCGAAAUGGCCACGUUGUACUCGUCCCUAGAUAUUGGCGAUAUAUUCUCGUUGAAGUAUCUAGACGCACAUCAAACGAUUGUUUUUGGCUGUCAAAACGCCAACAUGUUAUACAUGACGGACGUGAUAGAUCGGCUCAAUCGCAAGCCGCAGUCAAGCGACAUGAAUCGCUUGCCGCAUCGUCGAUAUGACAAGUUUUUCGAUUCGACGGGUCCCGGAAAUAACGCAAGAACGCCGUCACCUUCGCCCGCAAAUCUCUCGCGACCAGAUCACGCAAUCAUGGAAAUCCCCUUGAGCAACAGCAUUGCAUACGCUCAUAACAGUUUCAUUUAUUCCAUUGAACCCAUCGAUAUCACAGACGUUCAACUGUCCCAUAAUUUUCAUGUCGACGGUCUUGAAGAGGGAAGUACUGCUUUUAUCGUUUCAGGCGGUGGAGAUGGCUUGAGCAAGGUAUGGGCUUUUAACAAAUGUGCGAAGAACAUUGUGGAUGUAAAGCUUAUUUCCGAAAUGGACAAUGAUGAAAGUGUACUAUGCCAAGUCAUUCAAUUUCCCUUAUUGUAUUGUGGCCUUAAUGGAGGGUACGUCAAGAUUUGGGACUUGAACCUAAACGAACUCAUUUCCACUCUGCAAUGUCCAAGCAAGUGCGAUGUGGUUUCCGUAAGCGUUUAUGAGAACCAUAUCUUUGCUGCACACGAAAAGGGCAUCACCAAGUUUUAUAAGAACGAGAUUUUCGAAAGGAACGUGGAAGAGGGGCUGGUGCUGAGAACUGAAAUCCUUAGAAAAAACAGUGGUGGCCUUCGCCAUUUAAGACUUGCAACAGGAGCGAAAAAUGGUAGCUUAACGUUGUGGAAUAUGAAUGACCUAAUCAGUGAGCAUCCUAAUUAUGGAGCACAAACCAGCCUGUCAUCAAAUGGUUACAGUGUCCCAAACCCACACCCAGAAGGUCAAUCGUUAUUUGACAACGAUAGCAUGCUAGAAACCUUGCGUGAUCUAAUUAGUUUUAAGACUGUCUCUGCAUCGAAUGAAAACCAGCAUACUAUUGAUUCACGCCGCUGCGCUUCCUAUUUGCAGAAGGUGUUCACAAAACUGGGUGCUACUUGUGAUAUUUUACCGAUAGGAAGCAAUGAUAAUCCACUCCUGCAUGCAACCUUCAAAGGAACAUCCAAUACUAAAUCCAAGAUUGCUUGGUAUGGUCACUAUGACAUCGUAUCUCCAGGUGAUCCCAACAAGUGGGGUACGGAUCCUUAUAUCUUGACUUGUGAAAAUGGAUAUUUGAAAGGGAGGGGCGUUACGGAUAAUAAAGGUCCUUUAGUGGCCGCUAUGUACAGUGCGGGAUCCGCUCUCUCGAAGGGGACCCUUGAGAAGGACAUCGUGUUUCUCGUAGAAGGACAGGAGGAGUCGAAUUCUAAGGGAUUUGCAGAAGCAAUUGAAAAGCACCGCAACUUGUUUGGUAAUGAUGUUGACUGGGUUUUAUUCAGUAACUCUUACUGGAUUGACGAAAAAACUCCGUGUCUCAACUAUGGCUUGCGUGGUGUCAUUAACGCUCAGCUUAGGGUCUGGAGUGAGGAACCAGACAGACACUCCGGACUUGACGGUGGAAUACAUCGAGAACCUACGACUGAUCUAUCUCGACUGCUGUCCAAAUUGCAGGAUGAUGAUGGCCGCGUGUUAAUUCCAGGCUUCUACGACUCUUUGAUUGCUUUGAGUAAUGAUGAUAAAGCACGCUUCGAGGAGGUUUACAAACGGGCAGACCUCGCAAAGUCAAUGUCAGUGGACAAAUUGAUAGCUAAGUGGGCCCAGCCUUCACUUUCCAUCACCAAUAUGAAGGUGAGCGGCCCUGGAAACGCCACAGUCAUACCACAUAGCGCAUCUGCAACCCUAUCUAUUAGGAUAGUUCCUGGACAAGACGUUCACGCGAUGCAAGAUUCGCUUCAGCAGUUUGUCUCCGAUUGGUUCUCCAAGUUUGAUACUUCCAACCAUUUAGAGUUCAAGUUGCUGAAUGAAGCGGAGCCAUGGCUUGGAAAACCAAAUAAUGCAGCCUACCAACUCCUAAAGAAAGAGAUCAUGGAAGCCUGGGGGAUAAAUCCGCUAUUUAUCCGAGAGGGAGGAUCUAUCCCGCAAGUGCGUUUUCUAGAACGAGCCCUUGGUGCUUCCGCAGUUCAAAUUCCAUGCGGUCAGAGUACUGACAAUGCCCAUUUAAACAAUGAGCGGCUCCGCAUUGAGAACUGGUACAAGAUUCGCCAGAUUUUGGAGAGCUCUUUCACCAGACUUUGA